ACUGUUGUAGAUCCUUGCCUGACUGAAGGCUGCAAUGCUCCAUACAAUCUGGGCUGUAGAGUGGUAAACAACACCGCAGAAUGUAUAUGUCCUACUUGCCCUAAUACUCGUAGGCCUGUUUGCGCAUCUGAUGAUGUGCAAGAUUUGAGCGAGUGUCACUUGAGACAGCAAGCUUGUUUGGGAAAUAUUUCUAUAACAGUUGAUAAACAAGGACCAUGUGGUAAGUUUGCCUUUUUUUUAUUAUUUGAAAGGAAUGAUAAAUAACAAAAUGGUCCUGAUAAUAAAGAUGAUUUGAGCUGCGGAAAUACACAUUUAAAUGAAGAUAUGAUCGUCGCAGCAGUAAUUGCAAUUUAAGCAAUUGCAAAUUCACCCCAAAAAAAUUUCGGGACUUCAACGGGAUUUCAACCCAUGGCGCUGCGUUAGCGCUGCCAAAUAACUCAGUAACACGGGGAUAGUUGGUGGAUAAUUUUCACUCUCGGGCUUACCGAUAUAAUACAUUUUCACCAAAAUUUUAAUUGAAAACUUACAGAUAAAGAAUGUAGCUCCGUUGUGGACAUUGCUUUCAUUAUUGAUUCAUCUGGAAGUAUUGGGCGCAGAAACUGGGUGCGAGUCAAAAGAUUCGUCAAAGCUUUGGUUAGCAAACUUUACGUAAGUAAUGUCGCAGCAAGAGUAGCAGCCAUAGCGUACAGCACCGAUCCUGAGGUGGUGAUGCGGUUUAACGAAAAUCAGGGUACAGACGAGGUUAAUCGAGAAUUUGAUGGAAUGAAACAUCAGCGUGGAUAUACUUACACAGACAAAGCUUUGGAGCUUGCAGAUAGAGAGCUCUUCCAAGUUUCUAAUGGCAUGCGAUUAAGGGUACCGAAGGUAAGGAGUAGCAAUAAUCGUAUUUUCCCCACUACAGCACGUCAUCGUUCAACAAUAAAUCUCCAGGUCUGAAGAAACCAUCCAGUGGCAUAUCAAAGGUAUCAAAGGUAUCAAAGGUAUCAAAGGUUUUUUUAAUUCUCUUCAUCUUGUUUAUUUUGUACAUUUAUUGCAAGCACUGAUUUUUAUUUUUAUCCAAAUAUUCGACAGGAAAAUGAAAAGUAUCCAAGGGUAGCCUAACCCAUGAAUUCUUUUCGACGUUUUAACCCCUGCCCACUUAUUAUUCUUUCUUUAUCAAUCACAUAAAAUACAACGUACAUUAGGAUGCCUCAGCUAACUUUUAGUUGCUAUCAUCUUCUUUGCGUUUGAUUUCAACGCUUAAGCAGAUAUUUCUUCUGCUUGAAGACUACCGCCUUAAUUAACUGAGAAAAUAGAUCGAUAAUUGGUUCUUAGCCAUUAAGAUCUCAGCGGUACUAGCCAUUUUACUUUCUUAGAUAUAAUUUCAAACACUUCCUUUUUCAUGAUGUGUACUUUGGUAGUUGGCUGUUGUGAUCACAGAUGGAAACCAGACCAAAACCGGACAGUACACACCACUUACAGUUGCGUCGCGUGGGAUUAAAAGGAAAGGAGUUACUGUGUAUGCUGUUGGAGUUGGCAGAGCUGUAGGCAUGGCAGAGCUUCUUGAGAUUGCAUCGGCACCUGAAUAUGUUUUUACUUCCCCAUCAUUUAAAGGUCUUCAGAGCCUCACUUCAGGAAUAAGAAGGCAGUUGUGCGUAGGUAAUGGUUUAAAGCUUGAAGGCAUUGAUAUGUCGUAAUAUAUGCAUAAAGUAUUCCAUGCUCAAUUGUUGCUGGGGUGUGACAUGUUUCCUAAAAUGGGUUAAUUCUCUUGUCCCCUCUUCGACCAUAUAUACAGAAGGACCAUUCUGUACUUUUGUUUUGAGCUGAUAAUCUCCAAGGUACAACAAGUGUUUUCACUUGUCAAUAUUUUUUUCCUCUUGCUCUUUCUUCUGUAUGGCAGAUUUUUAAGUUUGAUUUUCAUUUUCGGGUGCUGUUUGAAACAGAAGUAAAUCGGGGUUGGCGGUGAUUAAAGAACCCUUACGCCACACCUGCAAAGGUGCUCACCAACCAAUUCAGAUAUCCAAGUAAUGGAAAUAAGUUAGAAGUAAUUUUACAGCUUCCUCUGGAGAGUCAGCUAUGCUGAAAACAGGGGUUGGGGGAUUUUCAGCUCCUUUUGUAUAAGCGAUUCCCUAUUUUUUUCGAUGCUUGAAUCAGGGCUUGAAAAAACUUGAAUUCCAGCUGGUCUUUUAAGCAAGCAGUUUUCACAUUUUUCUUGCCGUCUUACUCAUUUUACUUAAUGAUUUUGUUAGAGGACGAGUUGCCUGGGCCCUUGCCCAUUGGGCAAGUGCGCUUUAAAAGUUACAAUCUACUUGUCCCGGACUACCAGAUGGGACUUUUUUAGAGCCCACUUUUUUUAGAACCUUAUUGAAUUUUUUAGCGGACAAGAAAAGCUCUCUGCAUCGCUAAUUCCAACAAGCCAUCUGAGCUGAGAAAAGGGUUGAGCACAGCAUGAGUAUGCUCUUAUAUUGUUUUUGUUGAUGAUGAUGAUGAUACUGGUGUUAUUGUGUAAGGCUUGCGUUCAACUUUAGGUAAUUAAAAGUGACCACAAUGGUUUGAUCACUUUUUUGUGUCAUACUUUUUUCUCUGUUUGCCACAGUGCCUACACCGCCAGAAACAACACCAACGCCUUCUGCUCCAGGUAAGUGACUUAAAUCUUCACGUUAUAGGCACAGUGCAGUCGAACCUCUCCAUACGGAACGACAUGAUAGGGAUAGCUCUAUCAUGUAUCACUCUCUUGGUCCCAAACUCACCUAUCGUCAUACAAACCCUACCUCCUAUUACGCACUACUUUUUAAUGGGGGCAUCUUACCUUGCCCAUUGGUGUUGGUAUCAUAGACUCUACCAUGUUUACCUAAUCUAUGUUGACUACAAGGUGUUUUUGUUUCCAUUUUUUCGCCUUUCCAGCAGGAGACAUUUGCCCGAUUCCCAUGGAUACCACCUUUAUAGUGGACUCAUCAAAUUGUGACGACAGGAGCAACUGGAAUCGUUUAUUGUACUUUCUUCAGAUUUUGGUCACAUAUUUUAAUGUUUCACCAUCUGGGGGCCGUAUAGCUAUCAUCUCCUAUAGCACUGAUGCCAAAGUGGUCCUCAAAUUCAACACAUUAAGUGGAAACCUUCUGACCAGCGCAGAAGCCAUCAGACAAGUCGGCCUCUUACAAUGCCAGGGCGGUGGGCUUAGAAGAAUCGAUAAAGCAUUGGAUCUGGCAGACAAGGAGGUUCUGGUACCUGCUGGCGGAGUGAGAGACAUCUCACGGGUAAAGAAAAGAAUAGUUCAUAAUCGAACAAUACUGGUUGUCGUCUUUAGUGCCCACCAUUUUUUUGAUUAGAUACGAGGCUGUCAAAGACAAAGUGCCACCCGGUUGACAAGGUUGGUUAGGUACCUGACUUUGAAAUAGACCAACACUCACGAAUUUGAUUUGAAUAGUGGAGGAUAAUUUGCCGACUUUGUCCUCGCAUCUGCACUCAUGUAAAUUUUCGGAUAUUGUUAAGGUUUUUGAAAACUACAGGGCUUUUGUUGCUAGCAUUAUUUUGUGUUUCGAGAGGCGGCACUCGACUUCUAAUGGGAAAUAAUCAGCAAAUUUUCGGUGUGUCAUAUUCUUACUUAAUAUGGGUCUAGAAGGGAAAAAGUGUUAAGCGGGGCACAAAUGAAAUAUCAUAUACCGAUAUAACGACACGGUAAUUAAUAAUUACUUCAGAAGUUGGUUCACCGGACCAAUCUCAAAUGUUAGUUCCCGCAAAAUACGGAAAGAAAAUAAAAGCCUACACGCCUCGUGCGCGCAUUUUAAAUACUGAUCACUAGCUUUUAUGUUUAUCGUUUUGCAGCCUGUUCUUGUCAUAACUACUGGAAAGCAAACGGCGGUAAAAGGAGUCUACACCCCUCUUGAUAUAGCAUCUUCUCGCCUUCAAAACAAGGGCGCAGCCGUUUUCGUCCUGGUCAUUGGCAGUGAUGUUGACAAUUCAGAACUAAACCAAAUUGCGUCUGAACCAAAUAACUUAUUCACAGUAGACUCGUAUAAGGAAUUGUUCAACAAAGCUGAUGAAGCAAAAAGAGGAAUUUGUAUACUAGGUAUAAUCUUAAACACUUUCUCCUCAUUGUGAAUCUGUCGUUGGCUAAAUGAGGCUAACUGAGUCCCCUGCACGGUUUUUCGGGGCCAUCUGACGUUGGUGUUGUUUUAUGUAUACAUGUACGUUUUUUAGACUGGCAGAAACUAAGCACUUUUCAUAUCGAAUUGGAAUUUGGAAUUUUGAGUUUUGGGGAGAGGGGGGAACCAGAGUAACCGGAGAAAAAAAACUCUCAUAGCCAAGGAGAGAACCAAAGACAAACUCAACACACAUCUGGCAUCGAACUCGAACUUAAGCCACUGGUGGGAGGCAAGUACUUUCAUGCGCCAAACCAGCUUUCCAAUUUGCAAUUUCCUUUUUUCUUAUCCUAUUGGCUAAUUCAACCCUGUCUGUUUUUUUUAGCAACACCAACACCAACUCCAACACUAGACUCUUCCACACCAGGUUGGUAUUCCUUUGCUAAAGGUAUCUUCCGACCCUUUAACGGCUAAAGUCUUUUAAAGCGACAAUAGAGAGGCCACUUCCACAAGUAAUAGGUGUUAAAGCUUGUAAACUUAAAGCUCUGUUUUUUCUUCAGCAGAGGAGGAAUGUCCGAUACCUAUGGAUACAACAUUCAUUAUCGACUCAUCUCUUUGUGAUGAUGCUAGCAGUUGGAAUCGGCUACUGUACUUUGUCCAGACUCUGAUCAGCUUUUUCAAUGUCUCUUCAUCUGGGGGUCGCAUUGCAUUGAUAGAGUUCAGCACUGAAGCCAACGUGGUUCUCAGAUUCAAUACGUUAACUGGAAGCCUCCUGAAUGACGCUGAGGUCAACAAAAGGGUCGGUUCCUUGCAGUGCCAGAGUGGUUUCAGACGAAUUGACAAAGCAUUGGAGCUUGCAGACAAUGACGUGUUGACAACUGCUGGAGGAAUGAGAGAUGUUUCAAGGGUAAAAGAAAAUUUUAUGAAUGCUUAAAGUGUUUUAAAAGACAUACUGCAGAGGGCAGAGAAUGGAGUUAAGGUGGUCAUUGCUUUCUUAUAAGACCUCGGUCGCUAAAACUAGUCCCAAUAACUAUACCCGCGGUCAGUCUUUCAAUUAUUCUGAGCUUUGAUUUUAAGUCUUUUUAAGAUCAAUUGGAAGUUGUUAUGGUUGUUUUGCCAUUUACCAUAUCUGUUAUUUGAAUUUGUUCUACUUAAUCUCUUCUGCCAGGCAACGUCUGGCAAGCCUGUGUGGUUAGUUGAGUGCUUUCCACUAUGUCACAAUUUCCGGAAGUUAAUUGAUUGUAACAUUCAUCGAACGCUUUGGCCAAGAUUGAAAUUUUCCGGAAAAAGUGUUCCAUCUCCAGAAGUGUUCCUCUAGCUGUUACCGGUCGGUCCGUUCACAAACUUGUCGAUCCAUUUCUAACAAUUAACCUUUUCUGUCUUACUUUGCUGAGAGUAUUCAAAAUAUCGGUUUAAACGUGCAUUGAACGCUUCGAUUUUGUCGGAAAGUUCGUUUCAAUCGAACAGUGUCGUUCCAUUUUCUCUACUAAUUUUGUUCAGCUUUUUUCUGACAGGUCUUUCGGCAUGAUGCAAAGCACCUCUUUAAAAUUCCAAUUCUAUCUUUGUUUACCAAUUUAUACAUCCCGUUUUCUUUUCCAGCCUGUUCUCGUGAUCACAACUGGAAAACAAACAACGAACCAAGGAGUGUACAUGCCUCUUGAUAUAGCAUCCUUCUCUCUGCAAAGUAAAGGCGCUUCUGUGUUCGUGUUGGGUAUUGGAAAAGACGUUGACAAUUCAGAACUUAACGACAUUGCUUCAAGCCCUGGCAACGUUUUUACCGUGGAUUCAUUCCAGGACUUGGAUGAGAAAGCUAAUGAAAUAAAGAGGGGGAUAUGUAUACUGGGUAGGUGACAAGAAAGUUAGAAAACUUCCUUUUACAAUUACUUUAAAUGUAUGCUGGGUAGGUGACAAGAAACUUAGAGAGCUUCUUUUACAAUUGAUUUAAUUGAAACUUUUUCUUUUUCUUUUCUAACAUGGCACUGGCACUGAAAGAAACGACACCAACACCGACUCUAGGUAUUUUAUUGAUUGAUUUUAUUUAUGGGUAGUUGUAAAUACCCUUUAAUACUUUCACAAUCAAAAUGCGUCUUAUUUUAUAAUUUUCCGAGGAACACACUUUCUUAACAGAUUUUGAUCAUGCAUGGGACAAACUGAUCCAAAAAGUAUCAUUAUUACCAUCAUCAUCAUCAUCGUUUUCACUUUUAAUUCUGUACCGCCCAAGUGGAAAGCAAUCUGGUUAUUUGAAAUAUGUAAGCUAAGAAAUCACAUUGGCCUUCAGAUUAUAUUGCAUAUGUUGAAUAUUAGCUUACGUCUGGGACGUUUAUUGAAGUUUACUAGUCGAAAGGGAAAGCUAAUUCGAAUAAUUCGUAGAGGCCAGGGAAAAGUGAAUACCUGUCUAAUAAGAUAAUGGUAGAUAUAAAAUAAAGUACGACUUACCACAAAAUGUAAGCAUUUGAUUUAGAGCAAGGGAGAAUAAGCAAAAGCGUUUCUGAGUGACAAACGUUAACGGAAUUUGGGACUUUUUCCCUUUCAAUGUGUGUUGAAAGCCUAUGAAGCCUUAUAACUUGGAAAAGGAGAGGACCACUAAGAUACCCAUAUUUUUUUUUCCUUUUUUAAUGCCAUUUGUUAGCAGCGGAAUCUAAUAAGCCGGAAAAACAUAAGCUCGGACAUCAACCGAACAGACAUGGAGCCGGACCGGGAGAGUAGCGGGAAGACAACAAACUUGUAAUGUGUUUUAAAAAAAUCUGCAAGCAGAAAGGAUAAUUUACUUCCCAUUUUCAAUUCCCCUGUCAUGUUUGUUAAAAGACCCAUGAAACACUUGUUUAAUAAACCAUAACUUCUCAAACCUAUUCUGGGAAAUAAGGAACCAUUUUCCUUGCUGUUUUGCGUCAAUUAUAUAUAUCUGACGGUCUCAUUUUGUUACAGUACCUACGCCAACAUCGACCGAAAGGACAACAACGCCACCGAAAACAACUCCA